CGUGUUCCCUCCCUCGUCAGCUUGAUCAUUUUAAUACAACUUCCACCUUUCCAACUUGAGGCGCAUCAGAACGGGAGGCUGUCGAUAGCCUGGCAAGCGGUUCUGAAAUGGUGUACAACGGCCCAAGCAAGGGAUGCCGGAGGUGCCGGGCCCGAAGAAUUAAGUGUGAUCAGAGAAAGCCGGCUUGCGUUAAAUGCACUACGAAAGGAAUAUCGUGCCCAGGCUAUAGCGAUGUUUUCGAAAAGGCGCACAGGGAUGAAACGGCGAAGACGCUGAAGCGGCAUGCUGCACGGAGCAACGUAUCGUUGACACCACGAAGUUCGCCAGACUCUAAUCUCAUCUCCUCGGGGCUUUCCACCAUCCCUCCAAGCAUCCCGCAAGAUGCUGAGUCUAUUGCCUUGGGCUUUUUCUUCCUCCGCUACAGCCUUAGCCACGAUUCUGAGGCCAGUUGCAGUUUCUUCGGCAUCCUCCCCACAAUGUUCUCCAAGUCCAGUCCGUCUUCUCCCCUGUCCAGAGCAGCCACAGCACUUGCACUUCAAGUGGUUCAUCUACACAACUUGCGCGGCGAUGGAUCAGUCCUGGAGCACACAGUAUACGCCGAAGCCGUGUCCCGAACUCAAGAAGCCAUCUCCAACCCGGCGCAGAGCAAGUCUGACGAGCUACUGAUGACAACUCUCGUUUUAGAUGCAUAUGAGGGCAACAGGGCUGCAUUCGGGAAGGGAAAUCGUGUCUCCCAUGCACUUUCUCAUAUAAUAGGAUGUAUGGCCCUGCUGCAGCACCGUGGCUCUCUCAACUACCGAGACGAGUUAUCGUGGCGCCUCGUCAUUGCUUCUCGAAACAGGCUACUCCACCACAACGGGAAAAAGUCGACUAAGCUGUCUGGUCUCGAGACUAUCCAUGCUGUCUGGGGUGGUGGUGUAAAUUCUCGUCCAGAGAGUGCAGCGAUCGAGGCAGACACACUAGCAUUUGAGCUUUCCCAACUGCAGCAUCUGUUGAGGUCGAAUCAUGAAGUACCAUCUUCUCAGAAUACGACGCCAGCUCGCCCAGCCAGGAAAACCGCCCUUGGCAACGUGCAUUGGAACAACGUCCUUACCAGUGCCACCAAUCUCGCGAUUAAAUGUGAUAUUUGGCGGAACACCCUUCCACAAACCUGGAAGCCAAUGUCCCUCCCCGUCUGCACUCUCGUUUCAUCAACACCAGCCGCCGCUGUGUAUGAACAUGCCAGCCCAGCUGUUUACACAAGUCUCUCGAUGGCUAACUCGCUGAACCGCCAGAGGAUCACCGAACUGGGCGUUCUUGAGCUCAUCCGUGAUUGCUCUGUCGCUAUCAUGGCCAAAAAUGGACUGGAUCAGCCACAGUCGACUGAAAUAGUGCCCCCUAUGUUCUUGGGCAGGGUACAGAUCCUGGUGGAUGAAGUCUGUGCGAGCGUACCGUUUAUGACCAUGGAUGUGAGCGCCAGCAUCUCGACGGACUCUGUGGCGCCGUCUGUGUCAAACGUGAGCAGCAUGUUUCCCCGGGAGGCAACGGAGCACAGACAGCAGGUGGCAGCUUCAGGCUUGUACAUGAUGUAUAACACGUUAGAAAAAGUACUGGAAAUUGUGGGAGAUUGCAGUGGACUGGGAGGUGCAGGGACGGUGGUUCGCGAGGGGCAGGUCGACUGGAUGAUGAGGCAAUCCCACAGGCUACGGGAGGUUCUUCACCUUCAGUGAAGUACGCAGGAAGCACUAUUUUCUUCCUUGUGCUAUGUACUUUUUCUAAACAACUGGGAUAUGCAGCGUUUAUCAGGGAUACUGGAAGAAUGGUUAUAAGACUGGAUAUAAGACGCCAGAGAACUCUACGGCCACU